CUCGCGAAGCAGAACAUCGACGUAAACGUGCAAGACAAGCAUGGGACGAGUGCGCUGCAUCUUGCUGCGACGAGGCGACAAGAAAAGAUCGUCAAACUUCUUCUGGCAGCGUCAGCCGAGGUGAACAUCCAGGACAAAGACAACAAGACGCCUCUUGAGAUUGUCGAGCGUGCCUUUGGAAACAACCAGCGCAAUGUCGUCAACCUCCUUCUCCUCCAUGGAGCCAACCCAAACGUGCGUGACAUCCAGGGCUCUACUCCUAUACUCUAUGCCGCGUCUGCUGGAAGUGUAGCUGACACUAUCAUCUUGCUAAAGUUUGGGUCGGAUGUGAACGCCAAGAACUUUCGGGGCCUGACAGCUCUGCACAUGGCGGCAGCUGAAACCCUUUCAGUCCCUCCAGCACAAGUCCAGCAGCCCAGACCUCAAUCAUGUCGGGGCUGA